CGAGCGCCAGGGCGCCAGGGGGCGGGGCCUGGCGCCAGCGGGCUGCGGCGCUGCCAGGCUGGGUCCGAGCAUCCCGCGGCUCCGGACCCGCCCGGCCCGGACAUGGCGACCGCCCCGGGCUCCGUGCGAGGAGGGCUGCUGCUUCUGCUGGCCGUGGCGGGGGUCGCGGGGGUGGCAGGUGGCCUGGCCCCGGGCAGUCCGGGUGCACUGUGUUGUAAUCACUCCAAGGACAACCAGAUGUGCCGCGAUGUGUGUGAACAGAUAUUCUCUUCAAAAAGUGAAUCUCGACUAAAACAUCUGUUGCUGCGAGCCCCAGAUUAUUGCCCGGAAACAAUGGUUGAAAUUUGGAGUUGUAUGAAUUCAUCUGUGCCAGGUGUGUUUAAGAAGUCUGAUGGCUGGGUUGGCUUAGGCUGCUGUGAACUGGCUAUUGCCUUGGAGUGUCGACAAGCAUGCAAGCAGGCAUCUUCAAAGAAUGAUAUUUCCAAAAUCUGCAGAAAAGAAUAUGAGAAUGCUCUUUUCAGUUGCAUUAGCAGAAAUGAAAUGGGCUCAGUUUGUUGCAGUUAUGCAGGUCAUCACACAAACUGCCGAGAAUACUGCCAAGCUAUUUUUCGAACAGAUUCUUCUCCUGGCCCGUCUCAGAUCAAAGCAGUGGAAAAUUAUUGUGCUUCUAUUAGUCCACAACUAAUACACUGUGUGAACAAUUAUACCCAAUCUUACCCGAUGAGGAACCCUACAGAUAGUUUAUAUUGCUGUGACAGAGCUGAAGACCAUGCUUGCCAAACUGCCUGCAAGAGAAUUCUGAUGUCUAAGAAAACAGAGAUGGAGAUCGUUGAUGGUCUCAUCGAGGGUUGUAAGACCCAGCCGUUGCCACAGGAUCCUCUCUGGCAGUGUUUCCUGGAGAGCUCGCAGUCUGUUCACCCUGGAGUCACCGUACACCCGCCCCCCUCGACAGGCCUGGAUGGGGCCAAGUUACAUUGUUGUUCUAAGGCAAACACCUCAACAUGUAGGGAACUGUGCACUAAACUUUAUAGCAUGAGCUGGGGCAAUACACAAAGCUGGCAAGAGUUUGAUCGCUUUUGUGAAUAUAAUCCAGUAGAGGUGUCCAUGUUGACUUGUUUAGCGGAUGUCCGGGAACCUUGCCAGUUGGGCUGUAGAAAUCUUACUUACUGUACUAAUUUUAACAACAGGCCAACAGAACUUUUCAGGAGCUGUAACGCACAGUCGGAUCAAGGAGCCAUGAAUGACAUGAAGCUGUGGGAGAAAGGAAGCAUCAAGAUGCCAUUCAUCAGCAUCCCCGUUCUUGAUAUUAAGAAAUGCCAGCCAGAAAUGUGGAAAGCGAUAGCCUGUUCACUGCAGAUCAAACCUUGUCACAGUAAAUCCCGGGGAAAUAUUAUCUGCAAAUCAGAUUGUGUGGAGAUUCUCAGGAAGUGUGGAGACCAGAGCAAAUUCCCUGAAGACCACACAGCCGAGAGCAUCUGUGAGCUCCUCUCACCCACGGACGACCUAGAGAGCUGCAUACCUCUGGAUACAUACCUCAGACCAAGUACUCUCGGUAACAUUGUGGAAGAAGUGACUCAUCCCUGUAACCCUAAUCCCUGCCCAGCCAAUGAGCUCUGUGAAGUGAAUCGGAAAGGCUGUCCCUCUGGAGACCCCUGCCUUCCAUACUCUUGUGUCCAAGGUUGCAAACUGGGAGAAGCUUCUGACUUCAUCGUCCGUCAAGGGACUCUAAUCCAGGUGCCAUCGUCUGCAGGGGAAGUUGGUUGUUACAAGAUCUGCUCGUGUGGGCAAGGUGGACUCUUAGAAAACUGUAUGGAGACACACUGUGUAGACCUCCAGAAGUCUUGUAUUGUUGAAGGGAAAAGAAAAAGUCAUGGAACAUCCUUUAAGAUCAACUGCAAUGUUUGUUCUUGCUUUGCUGGCAGUUUGGUGUGCUUUGAACGCCUCUGCCUCAGUGAGCACAGUGCGGAAGAUGAUCGACGCAGCUUCACAGGGCUGCCCUGUAACUGUGCAGAUCAGUUUGUCCCCGUGUGUGGGCAGAACGGACGUACUUACCCCAGUGCCUGCAUUGCUCGCUGUGUGAAGCUCCAAGAUCAUCAGUUUGAGUUUGGAUCAUGCAUCUCAAAGAAUCCAUGUCAUCCUAACCCCUGCCAAAGAACUCAAAGAUGUGUACCCAAGCCACAGGUCUGCCUGACGACUUUUGCUAAAUUUGGAUGUAGCCAAUACGAGUGUGUGCCACGACAGCUGGCCUGUGACCAGGUCCGUGACCCCGUCUGUGACACAGACCACGUGGAACACAACAAUCUCUGCACUUUAUACCAAAGAGGGAAAAGCCUGUCUUACCGAGGCCCGUGCCAGCCCUUCUGCAGGACCCCGGAGCCCGUGUGCGGGCACAACGGGGAGACGUACAGCAGCGUGUGCGCCGCCUACUCGGAGCGCGUGGCAGUCGACUACUAUGGGCCCUGCCUGGCUGUGGGCGUCCUGUCAGAGCACAGCUCCAUCGCCGAGUGUGCUGCCGUGAGGUGCCCUCCCCUGGCAGCAGCUGGGUGCGAACCCGUCAUCCCGCCAGGUGCAUGUUGCCCGUUAUGUGCUGGGAUGUUGAGAGUUUUAUAUGACCAAGAAAAACUAGAUACUAUUGCAAAGGUAACAAACAAAAAGCCCAUCACGGUCCUGGACAUCCUGGAGAAAAUCCGCACGCAUGUGUCAGUGCCCCAGUGUGACGUGUUUGGGUACUUGAGCAUCGAGUCGGAGCUCGUGAUCCUCAUCACCCCUGUUGAUCACCUCCCCAAAGCCCUGCAGAUUGAGGCCUGCAACAGAGAAGCAGAGAAGAUCGAGUCCCUCAUCAACUCGGACAGCCCCACGCUGGCAGCCCACGUCCCACUCUCAGCCCUCAUCAUUUCCCAGGUCCAGAUCUCCAGCAGCCUGCCAGCAGCCAGCACCCGAGCCAGCCCACCCUGCCUCUGCCUUCUCCUCCUCCUCCUCAGCCUGGGCCUUACAUUGCAUUUGCUCUGGACACAGAAUUGACUGCCCACUGGGGCGAAAUAUUCCUCCACCUCAUGUUUCCACCUGGGGAAGACCUUUGGGACCGGGGGCUGGAGCUGCAGAGUGCUGAAGGAGCUCUCUCCCCGCAUCAUCCCCAAUCCCUCCCAACCCCCCAGAAUGUCCUUCCUUGGUGUGUCCACAUUUGUGCAGUUUACUAAUGUGCAAGGAGGAGUGCCAAGGGAGGAGGCCGUCUCUGGUGGGUCACUCUGCCAUGCUUACAGCCGUUUACUAGGUGGGCACCCCACUCCACAGCACACGGAGUGAGUAUGUGCAGCACUGCCAAGAGGGCUGCUUGCUUUGUCGCAAGCUGACUCACUCCAGCCAGGUCUUGAGCAUCUGGGCCUCCACCGACCCCCACACACUCCAUAUCUGUUUCUGGGUAAGUACCUCCUCUAAUCUAGAAACCAGGGUUGGAGGGUGGGAGAGCUGCCAUGGUAGAUACUAUAACAUAAAGCUACAGCACCUUGGACAUUCCAGAAGCACCAGGCAAAGUGGAAUGAGCUCUCCCAAAUUCAGGGCCCCAUCUACCAUGUUAGGCUCAAGCAAGCUGCCUGGACGGCAUUCAGCUAAUGCUGUGUCAGGAGGGACAAUCUCAGUGGCCACCAAUCUGCGUCUGUGAUGUUUGUGAAAGGGACAAGCUACGUUGCAUCUGAGCAUCUUGCCUUAUGCAGUUUUAUAUUAAUCAUAUAUAUAUGCAUAUAUAUAUAUAUAUACUUUUCAGUAUUCACUACAUUGAGAAUUUUUUAGACAUCAACCUUUAAACCAGUUGCUGCUACUUUAGAUAACUGCCAAAAAGUGAAACAACCAGUGGUGUGUGUGAUUGACACAUGACCUCACUACUCUAUGAUGAAGGGGAAUAGCCAUAUUUGUAAAGCGACAAUCACGUGUGGGAACCUGGAAUUUUCCGUUCAUGAAGACACACUUGCUUUGUUGGAUGUGCACAAUGUAGAUAAGAGUUCCGUCUUUUUUGAUAUAGAAUUAUAAAGAAUUGUGAUUUAUAUAUUUAAAAAUGUCAAGCUAAGAUUAAAUUGUUUGCAUGUUGUCUGAAAUUAAAUGCCUUGAAUGUGUUUCACAGUUUCAAAUAAGCUAUUCAAUGAAAUACCUGUUUAUGUGCACCUGAACUUAGAUUUUUACAUGAAGUAUUUUUUCAGUAUUAUAUGUACCCUCUGAAAUAUAUAAAGAUAUGCUUAUUAUACCAAAAGGUUGUUGAAAAGUGGGCACUUAAAGCUUUUGGAAUAUCUCGAGCUGAUGUAGCAUGUUU